CGCUCGCUCCGCCACACUGCGUCUCUGCCCGAUGUGACCGUAAGCUGUAAUUCAUCAGCAGAUCUGCGCUGCUUUAGAGAGGACGCAGUGAGUCUCCUGCACGCUCGCCUGACAACAUGACUCUGCAGAAGGAGUUUGAGCAAUACGCAGACGAUGUGAAGAAAGUGAAGACCAGGCCGACUGACCAGGAGCUGCUGGACCUGUAUGGCCUCUAUAAGCAAGCUGUUGUUGGGGACGUUAACAUUGAUAAACCUGGAAUGGCUGACUUGAAGGGAAAAGCCAAGUGGGAUGCAUGGAAUUCCAGGAAAGGUAUGUCCAAAGACGAUGCCAUGACUGCCUACAUCGCCUUGGCCAAGGAAAGCAUCAAUAAAUACGGAAAGUGAUCCUCACAGCAGCUUAUAUUUUUAGAUUAAAUUUGCUUACAAACUAAAUAAUCAGUCAGAUUUGCACCUGAAUCCACAAAACAGUGGACAUAUUGUUUUAAUUUUUUGUCUAAUUUAGACAAUUAACUUUUUUAUUUACUUUUAUUCUUGAUAUUGUCACCUGAUUUGUCUUGACAUUUAACAGUUAGGCGAGGCCUAAAGAUGUAAAAGUAGUUUUUUUGCAUAGCUUAUAAAAAUAACGAGUACAUAAAAA